AUGCCACCACAUCUACAUCCUCGGUCGCGGUCAACUACCGGCCUAUUCGCCGGCACCCUUCUCGCAUCUCUCCUAGUUGUGGGAAUGCCGCACGUCUUCCCUUGCCCGGCCCCACGACGUACCUUUGCCGAUUCGGAGAUGACCAUGACAGCCAAUGGACAACAAAUACCACGCAUCCGACGCAGACGACGGAAGGAUGGUGAAGUGGGCCCAGAUGACAUCCAGCUGGGUCAGCCUAUGCCAGAUGUUGUCGAUGAGGAGGUCUCGACAUUCCUUCAGAUGAAGGCGGAAGCAGAGAAACUCUCACACAUCAAUCGAGAAUGUCCUGUCCCCAAACCCAAGGGUGUUAUUGGGGAAUUGCUGGGCUUCCGCGAUAUCCAUGCGAAUGCCCACCACCAGUCAACCGCCCUGUCCGAAGGAGACCAAUAG